AAACUUUCAGUGACACAUGUAUUGUGGGUGUCCAUACCUGAGCGGAGGUACCAGAGCAGCUCAGACAGAAAACAGCCAACAUGAGGACGUGCACGCUUUUGUCCAUAACUCUGCUGGGCCUGCUGCUGUGGGUCUCCUGCAUCCAGGCCGACGACACAGACGCCAACACUGACAAACAGACUGAAACACAAGAGACGUCAACAGAAGAGACUCCAGGAGAGACAGAAGUGGAGGAGGAAACCAAAGAGGCACCAAAGAAAGAGAAAACAACGGAGAUAGAGGAGGAGGAAGAUGUAAUGGUUCUCCACAUCAACAACUUUGCCAGAGCUCUCAGCGAAAAUCAGUAUUUACUGGUUGAAUUCUAUGCUCCCUGGUGUGGCCACUGUAAACAGCUGGAGCCACUUUAUGCAGAGGCUGCUGGGAAGCUAAAGACGGAGGAACCAGCACUGCGUUUGGCCAAAGUGGACGCCACAGAGGAGAAGGAGCUGGCUGAGGAGUUUGACAUCGUAGGCUUCCCCACUCUGAAAUUGUUCGUCAACGGAGACCGCAAGCAGCCCGUCGACUACACUGGUAAGAGGUCAGUAGAGGGAAUAAUCCAGUGGAUGAAGCGUCGUGCAGGCCCUGGUGCUCCAGUGCUUGACUCUCUAGACUCUGCAGCUCAGUUCAUUGAUUCCCAUAACAUCACUGUUGUAGGAUUCUUUGAUGAUCUGGAAAGUGAGGCAGCCAAGUUGUUCAAGGAAGCUCAUUUGGAGAUGACUGACAUGGAGUUUGCUGUGUCAUCGAGUCCUGAGGUUUUCCAGAAGUAUGAAGUAAAAGCCAACUCAGUGGUGCUCUUCAAAAAGUUUGAUGAUGGCAGAGCAGACUUUGCGUUGUCAGAAGAAGGGAAGCUGGACAAAACAAAUUUGACCACCUUCAUCAAGGAAAACAGCCUGGAGCUGAUCAUCCCAUUCAGCCAGCAGACUGCAGAUAAGAUCUUCACCUCCAGCAUCAUCCUGCACAGCCUGCUGUUCAUCAACUCCUCUGUGGAGAGUCAGACAGCCCUGGUGGACGAAUCCAGGACUGUUGCCAAAAAAUUCAAGGGCAAGAUGCUGUUCAUUGUGAUCGAUGUGACAGAAGCCCUCUCUCAUGUGCUGAGAUACUUCGGCGUGUCCGAAAAUGACGCCCCCACUGUACGCAUCAUCAACAUGGAGACAGGAAAGAAGUUCACCAUCGCUGCCAGGGAUCUCACAGAAAAUUCACUGAGACAGCUGUGCCAGGAGGUUGUGGAUGGCACUGCCAAGCCCUACUAUCGGUCUGAAGAGAUCCCAGAGGACUGGAAUAAAGGACCAGUCAAAGUCCUGGUGGGGAAAAACUUUGAGUCUGUUGCUCUGGACCCGACCAAAAACGUCUUUGUGGAGUUCUAUGCUCCAUGGUGUGGACACUGUAAGGAACUGACCCCCAUCUGGGAUCAGCUGGGUGAAAAGUACGCCGACAAUGAUGACAUCAUCAUAGCCAAGAUGGAUGCCACGGCCAACGAGGUGGAGUCUGUUGUUGUUGAAGGAUUCCCAACACUCAAAUAUUUCCCAGCUGGUGGCAAAGAGGUGGUCGACUACACUGGAAAAAGGGAUCUGGACACCAUGUCUAAGUUCCUGGAUGAUGGAGGAGUGUUGCCUGAGGGGGCAAGUGAGGAAGGGGAACCUCAGGAUGAUGAGGAAGACGAGGAAGGUGACGACGCUGGUGAUGAUAGCAAGGAGACUGAUGAGUCUGCAGAGGGACUGACAAACACAACAUCUAAGGAUGAGCUGUGAUGUCACUUCGGUUUCCAGCCAAUCAGGAUCAACCUAGCAUCUUCCAAUUUUUCUUAAUAAAAUGAAUUUGGGUUACAAACAUAAGAUGUUAUGUACUUAUGACUAUUGUGAAUGGACUAUAAACACUGUUUAGAUUUGUCAUCCCCUCUCUCUUUUCUGCCUUCCCUGUCUCCCCCCCCCCCAACAAUUAUAGCUUUUCCUAUGAAGACAUAUUUUAUAGUUAUUUUAGUUUUAGUAUAAUGUCAUCCAAUAUCUGUUUAUGCACCAGCAUCCACUUAUGGUUGCUCACCGGAGGUGUUAUAGUUGUUGACAAAUACAUUAAUAAACACUUCUGCUUACUUUUCAUUAGUGUAUAAUCACCUGAAAAUAAGAAUUGUUGUGUUUUUGUUACCUUAGAAUAAGCCCUUUAUAUCUACAGAGGGAGCGGGUCCUCUUCUACAGAGUCCGCCAUGUUGCUCCGCCAUGUUUCUACAGUAGCCCAGAACGGACAAAGCUGGCUAACUAGCUAGGCCUGCUUGUGAGCUUGGAUUAUUACUCAGCACCGAAGUGAAGAUCCAGUGUUAGCAGUGUCAGCUAGCUCCUGUUGGCUAGAAUGACCACAGAGAAAGACUUUAGCUAACAGGAGCUAACUGGCUAAAUCAGGUAGCUGUUGAGCUUGCUAGCUUAAGAGGCAAGACAACACCACUGUCAUAAAAAGUGACAUUAUGAAAUAAGAAGUGAUAUGAAAUAAAAGUGUUACUGGCGAAAAUGUUGCUAUGAAAUAAAAACAAACUUUUGAAAAAG